AUGUAAAAAUUGGAGGAUUGCCAUCUCAAUAAGAAAGAUAGAAUAUCAUAUCAAUUCUAAACGCGAAGAAUUUGUGAAAUCCCCACUAAAUAGACUGUAUUCUAUUACAAGGUCAAGCAGUAUUAAGAGUUAUGUACAUAUAUUAUUACGUCAUUUGUGUUGGUUUGCUCUCGAACCACUGUAUUGCAGCUGAAGAUAGGAAUAGAGUAACAAAGAAACUUCAGCUAAAUGACGGAUCAUCCGAACACCUAGCCGAUGGAAGCCAAGUCGCUUGCAUUUAGGUAUCGUCCAGCAGCAGGAAUAAGGACGGCUAUCUGUAGAUAAUUCUAUAAAACUUAUGCGACGUCGUAAAACUCAUUGGACUGAAUCGCCGCAUCGUGUGUCAUCUUCAGUAUGAAUUUCACCGGAUUUUGUAUCGUUUGUGUUUCAGUUAUUUUAGGUUUUCCUACAAACAAUUGGGCACGGCAAUAUAAAACAAUAACACUCAAUGGUAGAGAUGGCCUUUUUGAGAGUCCAAACUUCGAAAACGGUGGCUACCCUCCUUACCCAACGAACAUAACAAUAAAUUGGAUCAUAGAACAUUACAGAGGCUACAACAGCUACGUGAUGAUCAAGUCCAUUGAUCUGGGACGAUGUUACACGUACGAAGACGGUCCUGACUGUGACAAGUACGACAGCGUGCGCGUCUAUAUUUUCGAGACAGAUCUCACAUUGGGGCAUUUCUGUAACGGUCACUACCCGGACCCUACCCGUAAGUACUACGCCACUCAGGGUAGACUGGUGGUGAGGUUUGAUUCAAAAGAUAGACACAUGACGUGUCGUGGGAAAGGAUUUCAAGCGUAUUACGAGAUGUACAAGCCAGGAGCUGUUUACCCGACGAAGGCGCCGGUGACGGUCCCUUACACAUAUGCGAUCAAUACGCCGAGUGGCGACUCAGCCAGUAGUGGGUUUAGACCCAUAGUGAUCGUCUUUAUUGGCAUUGCAGUCGUCGCCGUAAUUGUCUGCCCCCUUAUGAUCUACUGUUUUGUCAAGUUCCGAAAUAAAAAUAACGGCCAGAGGAAUGGGCGAAACGGAACUUCACACACACCCCAAUCCCGUGCCCCACCCGCUUACCAACCCCAGCCGAGGGUGCAUUACACAACACGGACAGGUACUGCAGAAAUUCGGACAAGCUUGUCCGGUCCCCCGCCAUCGUACGCCGAAUCGUGCGCGGAGUUGAGAGACCCUAAUGUGCGAACAACCUCGAGGCCUUCUUCGGAGAUGCCUCCGACAUACGAGGAGGCAACGGUAGGCAACGGCUUGACGUCUGCACAAGUACAACGAACUUCUUCGGAAGAACAUUUGUUGGGCUCACAGUCUAACUCCCAGGAGCAAUCGACAUCUCAGAGGAUUGAUGAGAACUCACAGCCAACUGAUCCUAAUACGCAUUCGUCCACGGACCCCGCAAGUUCUCCUGCUGUUAUUUCCGGUUCCGGUAGCGCGGUGACCAGCGGAACAUUAGUAACACUGGAUAGACGAGCCCAGCAUGGCGAGGAAGAAGUUUUCGUAUAAUAAUUGGGAGAGUCAGCCAUUGUACUCAUACCAUUAUAAUCGAUUAUCGUACGGUCAUCUCCCAGUUAUCAUACGGGAAGGUCCGCUUCCCAUGGUCCUUUGCCAAAAGCUUUUGACCUCAUCACAAUGCAUAGCAUCAUAAAGCUUUGUUUCGCUAGUUUACUGACUAGAGACGCCUAAGAGAAGCAAGGUUAGGAAGUCAGUUUUAUCACCCAUCUGUUUAGUGUUUUCCCACGUGGAACACUGACAGGUAACGCUUGCACUUGUUCGAUCAUGUCCGACACUUCAGUUACUGGAACUUACUUAUUCGCACCGAAGAGGAUCGUUGUUCUUGACUAUGUACACCUUCUAUUUAGUUAAGGCAUAACAGCGACCCAAGGGGGUAGGGGUGAGGGAUAGGUUCGGGUCCUAGGAUUUUAUUCAAAUGUCUUUACAGUAAAACGCCACUAAAUGGAACCAACGGUAGUCAUUUAUCAGUUAGUCUAUAAAAAGGUUAGAAUAUUUAUAUUUUAGUCGAACAAAGUCUAUAAACAACCGAUGUUAGAAUCAAAAUCGGUCAAAAUUGUCAUGGUCGAGGAGAAGCGAAAUAUGCUAUACCGUCGCAUUGUAAAGAGGAAUACUACAAAACAAACUAAGAAAAAAAAACAUAGACAGAAAUAGAAGGGAAACAUUUUAGCCACACAUGCAAAUAAUUUCUUAAAUAAAACGUGAUUUUUUAGA